AUGGAUCAUACUAAACUUUUACGCCAGCUUGACAUCCGGCCAACUGCCGAUGAAGCUCGAGAUGCCUACAACCAAGAAUGGACAGACUCAACUCGACCCACGCUUCUCCCCGUCUGCGCCUCUGCUCCCGCCGACCUUCUGACUCCCUCUGCUAUUUACCUGAAGCUUUCAUCAGGAGCAACUGCCGAAUACUCGUUUCUCCUCGAGAGUGCAACUGGUAGCACAGAAACCGUUGGACGAUAUAGUUUUAUUGGCGCCAACCCUCGAAAAGUGUUGGCUACUGGCGAUGGCUACGAGCACUCUGGUGACCCUCUCAAGAUCCUUGCCGCCGAGCUCGCUCAGGAUAGAGUUCUCGACAUCCCUUCGCUAAGGCUCCCGGCACUAACCGGUGGUGCUGUUGGCUACGUUUCAUACGACUGUAUCAAGUACUUCGAGCCAAAGACGGAUCGACCUCUCAAGGAUAACCUCAAGAUCCCUGAAGCUUUGUUCAUGCUAUUUGAUACUGUUAUCGCUCUCGACCACUUCCGUUCGACAUUGACUAUUGUCACACACAUGAGAUUGCCAAAGAACCCUACAGACGAUAUACAACCUGCCUACGACGAGGCCUGCAAGACCCUCCGAAAGACCCUCGAUAUUGUGUACCAGCCCGAAACACCUCUACCUCCCCAAACUCUUGGUACUCAAUCCGACUCAGAGCAAGAGUACUCUUCAAAUGUUGGUCGUAAGGGUUACGAGACAUUUGUAACAGAGCUGAAGAAGUAUAUUGUUAAGGGUGACAUCAUCCAGGCUGUACCUUCGCAACGGUUCAAGCGAAGCACCAAGCUUCACCCUUUCAACAUCUACAGAACUCUCCGAACACUCAACCCCUCACCCUAUGUCUUCUUCCUUUCUUGCGCCGAUUUUCACAUCGUUGGUGCUUCACCAGAGUGCCUCAUGAAGACUGACGGAUAUGCACCCCUGCCCUCUGACUCACGGAUUGCUCACUCACCAGCUGAGGCCCGAUCGAGACCUCGUAUUGUCAAUCACGCAAUCGCUGGUACAAUCCACCGUGGAAAGAAUGCCGCAGAGGACGAAAGAUUGGCGGCUGAACUUCUGGCUUCCAAGAAGGAUCGCGCCGAACAUGUCAUGUUGGUGGAUCUUGCUCGAAACGAUGUCAACCGAGUCUGUCAUCCCAUGACGGUCAAGGUUGACCAACUUAUGAAGAUUGAUCGUUUCUCUCAUGUGCAGCACAUCACCUCAGAGGUUUCUGGCGUGUUACGCCCGACAUGCACUCGUUGGGAUGCUCUGCGAUCCAUCUUCCCCGCAGGAACGGUCUCUGGAGCUCCCAAGAUUCGUGCUAUGGAGUUGAUCUACGACCUGGAGAAGGAGAAGCGGGGUAUCUACGCUGGAGCUGCAGGAUGGUUCGGGUACGACAUUGUCCGCGUGGACGACAGCAGCGAGUAUGAUGACAAGAUUUACGUUGAUGAGGGACCCAUGGAUACAUGCAUUGCCAUUCGUACCAUGCUUGUCAAGGAUGGCGUGGCAUAUAUGCAGGCCGGCGGCGGCAUUGUCUAUGACAGUGACCCUACAGAUGAGUGGAUGGAGACGAUGAACAAGCUGUCCGCCAAUCUCCGCUGUGUGGAGCUGUCGGAGAGAUACUUUGGUGAUGGAGUCAGCACCAAGACAGUAGAGGAGAUCAUCGCUAUCGAGAGGAGGAAGGGAGAGGAGGAGGUCAAGGCUGCCGAGCAGUGA